AUGACAUUCAGACCACAUCCAUUACCUUUCACAAGCAAGGACCCGCGAAUGCAAGAUCCCAAGGGUGAGAAUGUCGACCCUGGCAACAAUGGUCUCAGCCAGUUUUCGGACACAAUCUUUUCUUGCCCAGUCGUGGUCGCCACUGAACCUGUAUAUGCUCUCGCGAGACAGGUCAAAAAGGCCAGAGAAAAGAGGGCCGACAAAAAGGCAGCUGAGAAGGAGAAGUCAUUAGCGAAUGCGGAGAAAGAGAAAUGGAAUGGCAAAUAG